CUCGUAAACAUUCAAGAGGAAGAAGAGCAUCACAAAAACACUGAAACGCAUAUUGCGCAUCGUACUGUUUUGAUUUAAUUAACUUCGGUGAAGAUGGCAACCACGAUCAGCACUCAGCGGGGACAGGUGUAUAUCGGAGAGCUUCCGACGGACUUUCUGAGGAUCACCCCGACUGUCCAGCAACAGCAGGUACAGAUGGAUGCUCAUACGGCGCAGCAGCUGCAGUACGGAGGCAGCCUCAACUCCAUGGGCCGGAUCAGCAUCACAGUAGUGCAGGCAAAGUUGGCUAAGAACUACGGCAUGACGCGCAUGGACCCAUACUGUAGAAUUCGGCUCGGCUACACCGUGUAUGAAACACCUACAGCACAUAACGGAGCCAAAAACCCACGCUGGAACAAAGUGAUUCAGUGCCCUUUGCCUCCUGCAGUUGACUCCUUCUACCUGGAAAUCUUUGAUGAGAGGGCAUUUUCCAUGGAUGAUCGCAUCGCUUGGACUCAUGUGACUAUCCCAGAGAGUUUGAGGGAAGGCAGUGUAGUUGAUGAGUGGUACAGCCUGAGUGGAAGACAAGGAGAUGAUAAAGAAGGCAUGAUUAACUUGGUCAUGUCCUACUCUUCAGUGCCAGCAGGAAUGAUCAUGCCAGCUCAGCCUGUGGUCCUGAUGCCUACUGUUUACCAGCAAGGUGUUGGCUAUGUGCCCAUUGCAGGUGUGCCAGGUGUAUAUAACCAGGGUGUGAUGCCAAUGGGGAUGCCCGUCAGUGCUCCUCACACUGCCCCCUACAGUGAGGAGGAUCUGCGUGCCUUGAGUGACAUGUUCCCAAACCUGGAUAAGGAAGUGAUCCGUAGUGUGAUGGAGGCACAGCAGGGGAACAAGGACGCUGCCAUUAACUCACUGUUGCAGAUGGCUGAGGAGGUCUGACUGUGCUGUAAAUGCACCCAAGACACUCAGUGGGUACACGCAAAGGUCCCUAAAACCAUGCAAAAUGACUUUUACCUCUGCCCUGUCCAUCAAGUAAAAAAAACAAAUGCGUGACAUCACUGGAUUUUGUAUUAAAAUAGCAGCACUCGCUGAUGAUAAUCACAUUUCGGGUCCAUUCUAUAAUUUGUGGCUUUAUUGUUCGGUAUUUUUAGCCUUGUCUCCAUUGAGAGCUCUCUCUCGCUGUGUGUGUGUGUGUGUGUGUGUGUGUGUGUGUGUGUGUAUAUAAAAUGGGUUGUAAUAUAUUCUGAAGAUAAUUAAAAUAUUUAGAGCAGGUCUAAUGAUGGCAGAUUUUCAAAUAUCAUCCAGUUGCUAAAUAUUCAACAAUUUUUCACAUAUUUCAGUUAACACCAUUGCAUAUUCUCUACUCCAAUAAUACACUGUAACUCUGAGUCUCUAACUUGCGGCAUAAUAAAGUAAACCAUGCUAAACCUACACUUCACGUUUGUAAGCUGAUUUUUCUGAGUCAUAGUGGGUCGCUGAGAAUCCUCGAGCUUAAUACAGUUACACAUCACUUGGCUCAACGCAGUGCUGCUGUAAACUGAAUAUAUUUGCUAAACCCAAGAUCAUUCUAUGUGGUUUUUAUCAUGCCAGAGUAAUAAAUUUACAAUCGUUUCUAUAUUUGGUAUGAAACUGUUGAGCUGUCAGUGUCCAUUCGAUCUGAAGUCCAAAGUGUGAAUCAAAAAGAAUCAUUCUGGUUACUCAGAGAAAUCGAUUGCCCACAGUUCCUUGCUGUGUUAUGAAUAUGAAAUUAUACCACCUGCAAUGCCAAAGUUUUUAUAUUAAUAAAUUAUUUCUGUUAUGGAUUUUAAAAUAGUCUGACCUUUAAUAUAGUUUAAUGUUAAACUUACGGCUACAUUCAUUUCAGUUUAUUUGCAAACUUGCGAAAGCAUCUUGAUGUGCAAAUGAGAGCAAAACUUUGCAUUCCCUGUGGUUUCUGGGUAAAUAAUAAAAGUAGCUGUAUCUUGGAGAAAAGGGCAGCCAACCCUCUUGGCCUCCAGACAUUUGGCAGGGUUUUACUAGAAAAUGUUAAAAAAAAAUAGAUUAGGUGGUGAGAAUAGAUUGGUGUUUGCUUUGUUAUAUGGGUGUACAAAUUUUUGCAUUUGUGUAUAUUUAUUAAUUUCACAGGCAAUCACAAAGGCACUGGAUGUAAAUAUUAAGGAACACAUUACCCACAAUUCCUUACUCGGUGAAAUUGGAUACAUGCACAGUGCCAAAGGUCUUGUUUAAUUUAGAUUUGUUUUCUUUUGAGUUUAAGACAAACUAAUAUUUGUGAGGUUAGCAUUAUUUCUGUGUUGAUGAUAUACACACUUUUUUUUUUAAUUAUUAUUAUCUCACAGCACAUGUUGCCAUAUUCUUUGAAAGUCUUGAAGUUCUUACGUAAGACUGAGAAAUCAGCUUUAGCAUGUGGCUCUAAAAUUGCUCUAAGCCAUUCUUGACUUCUUUUCCAAAGUGGUGGCCUUAUUAGCCUUACGAAUGUAAAGACGAAUGCAAGUCUUGUCCUUUAAUCUGAAAUGCAUCUCGUAUUCUACAUAUCUGUAUCGCUGAGAUCAACCACUGAUUUCUUAGAGAAAGACUUAAGUCCAGGAUUUUCAAUGAAUCAUUUAAUAUAGACUUGCAUGAAGUUUUUCAAUCAAUAAAAUGCUUAAUGCAGGUUUUUUGUUGUUUUAAAUCAUAAUGUAAGCACUUGCUUUUAACUCUGCAAUUAUAAAGAUAAGUGUUAGUCCCUUCAUGAGGAUUUUAAAUCUACAUUAUGUCCACUUGUGCAAGAGCAGUGAUGUUAAACUCUGGCACUUUCUGAGAUGUAUAAUUUUGUUUGAAGUUGAAGAGUGUACACAAGAAGGACAAUAAAACAAAAAUAUUCUA